UCAAGAGAUGCUUCAUCGGUAUCUAGAAUGCGGAGUACUGAUGUGUCGAGCACGUGACUAUAUACCUACGGUCGACCAUUGACACCGUCAGGUCUGCUCGGAGUCAUUUCCAACUCCGCAAGUCUGUGGGGAUUGUCGAAUGCUGAAUAAAUUUCCUAGAGCCUUGCAUCUUGCGCAGUCCUUGUAUAGGCGUUGUGUCGGACAUCCGGUCAGUUCUCAUUGCAUUGCGCCAUCAUGGCGACCCAGAUACCAGUCGACCCGACGGUCAGCUCAUCAAAUACCCUCAAGCUCGAAAAUACUCACAACCGAGAUGUCUUGAUCGCAAUUGAGAAGAAAUACCAGCAAGAAUGGCAGAAGAACAAAGUCUUCGAGUCAGAUGCUCCUACGACCUCCGAGAUCCCCUUCAAUUCAGUGCCGGCUGCGCAGAUCCGAGAUGAACACCCUAAAUUCUUUGGCACAUUCGCAUACCCUUACAUGAACGGUACCCUACACGCUGGGCACAGCUUCACUGUCAGCAAAGUCGAGUUUACGGCAGGUUUCGCUCGAUUGACCGGGAAGCGAGUCCUCUUUCCCCUCGGGUUCCACUGCACUGGCAUGCCAAUCAAAGCGUGUGCAGACAAACUGGUUUCAGACGUAAAGAAAUUUGGGAAACACUUUGAGGACUUUCAUGAAGACGAGGAGGAUGAAGAGCAGGCCAAUGGCGUAUCUAUCGCACCUACCCAAGGCGUCAACGUCAAGGACGACAUCACAAAGUUCAAAAGCAAGAAGAGCAAAGCUGCGGCGAAAACGACUAAGGCAAACUAUCAGUUUCAGACGAUGUUGGCAAUGGGUAUACCAAAAGAAGAGAUUCACAAAUUCGCCGAUGCAAAUUAUUGGCUCCAGUACUUCCCACCGUUAUGCCAACAAGAUUUGAUCGGCUUUGGAGCCAGGAUAGACUGGCGGAGGAAGUUUGUCACCACAGACGCAAAUCCAUACUACGACGCUUUUGUGAGAUGGCAGAUGAACCGGUUACAUGAGCUUAACAAGAUUCUGUACGGCAAGAGAUACACCAUCUACAGUCCCAAGGACGGUCAGCCGUGCAUGGACCACGACAGAACGAAAGGUGAAGGUGUGGGCCCAACCGAGUACACUGCGAUAAAAUUGAAGGUCAAAGAAUGGUCGCCGGAGGCUGCAAAAGAGGUCGAGUCCAAGAUCCCAAAGGACGCGAACGUCUACUUUGUGCCUGCGACCCUCCGACCAGAAACAAUGUACGGUCAAACUUGCUGCUUCGUCGGACCUAAGAUCAAGUACGGUGUCUUCAAGGUCUCAGAAAAGGAGUAUUAUGUCGUCACAAAAAGAGCAGCAUGGAACAUGGCUUUCCAGGGUACUUUCUUCGACCAAGACCACUUCCCACGAGACCAAAGUGAGUUGCAGGCUGUGGUGGAACUGCCUGGUUCUGCAUUCGUGGGUACCUUGGUCAUUGCUCCACUGUCAGUACAUACGGACGGCGUUCGAAUAUUGCCUAUGGAGACAGUUUCAGCUACUAAAGGUACUGGUGUGGUCACAUCAGUUCCUUCGGACAGUCCCGACGAUUUUGCGACUGUAAGAGAUCUGGCCAAGAAGGCGGAAUUUUAUGGCAUCAAGAAAGAAUGGGCCGAGCUCGAGAUCAUUCCGAUUAUCGACACGCCAGCAUAUGGCAACCUUGCAGCAAAAUAUCUGGUUGAGACAAAGAAGAUCCAGUCUCCGAAAGAUGCGACCUUGUUGGCUGAAGCGAAGGAUUUGGCCUACAAGGAAGGUUUCUAUAACGGUACUUUGCUGAUAGGCGAAUUCAAAGGCGAGAAAGUCGUCGAGGCAAAAGACAAGGUCCGAAAUGCGCUCAUCAAGUCUGGCGAUGCGUUCCCUUUCGCAGAUCCUUCUGCCGAAGUCAUCAGCCGAAGUGCUGACGAAUGUGUGGUUGCUUAUGUUCCUCAAUGGUUCUUAAAUUAUGGCGAGAACGACAAAGAAUGGCAACAGCGUGUGCUGGAGUAUGUCAAGGCCAAGGACGGUCUUGAGACGUAUACCCAAGAGUCGGAGAACCAGUUUGUCGCAAACCUGGAAUGGUUGAACCAGUGGGCAUGUGCAAGAACAUAUGGUCUUGGUUCAAAACUGCCCUGGGAUCCGCACUUUUUGGUCGAGAGUUUGAGCGACAGUACGAUAUACAUGUCGUACUACACCAUUGCACACUUUUUGCAUGGCGAUAUGUUCGGCAAGACUCGUGGCUCGCUCAAUGUCAGAUCGGAACAAAUGACUGACGAUGUCUGGGAUUAUGUCUUCACACGCACCAAAGAUGUCGAGACUGUGUCGAAAUCGUCAGGGAUCCCAGUCGAAGACCUCCAGACCAUGAGACGGUCAUUCGAGUACUGGUAUCCUCUCGAUAUGCGGACCUCCGGAAAAGACCUGAUCCCCAAUCACCUUACAUUCUUCUUGUACAUACAUCUCGCACUUUUCGAUCGCGAAUACUGGCCACGAUCAAUACGGUCCAAUGGACAUUUGUUGCUCAACGGAGACAAGAUGAGCAAAUCAACAGGCAACUUCCUGACUUUGAGUCAAGCAGUGAAGAAAUUUGGCGCAGACGCCACGCGGAUAGCACUUGCUGACGCCGGUGACGGCAUGGAGGACGCCAACUUUGAAGAGAAGGGCGCCAACGCCGCCAUUAUGCGGAUGUACACGCUCAAAGACUGGAUCGAGGAAACCUUGAAGGACGAGAGUCUGCGCAAGACACAGGGAGACGUUGUCUGGGACAAGCUGUUCGAGGAUGAGAUGAACCUGCUGGUCCACGAGGCGUACCAGCAUUACUCGGACACGAACUACAAGCUCGCACUAAAGUCUGCGCUCUACGAUUUCCAGUCCGCUCGUGACUUCUACCGAGAAGCAUGUGCGUCGGGUGGUACACCUAUGUCAAGGCCUUUGGUGACGCGGUACGUCGAGUUGCAGUCUUUGCUCAUCGCGACGAUCGCACCACAUUGGGCCGAACACAUGUGGCUCGAGGUGUUGGGCAAGAAAGACUCGAUCCAAAACGCGCGAUGGCCAGAAGUACCCAAGUCAGAUCCUUCAUUGACCGCAACGCGCGAGUACGUUAAGGGCACGUCCAGCAGUAUUACGUCCGCGGAGGCGCUAGCCGCCAAGAAGAUGGCCAAGGGCAAAUCCGCAGCGUUUGACCCACGCAAACCCAAGCGUAUUACCAUCUUCGUCGCGUCGAAUUUCCCGCAAUGGCAGGACAAGUACGUUGAUCUUGUGCGCGAGAUGCUCGAGAAGACGACCUUGCACGACGACAAGGAGUUGAACGGCAAGGUCGCGAAGAUGGGUAAAGGACCCGAGAUGAAGAAAGCUAUGCCGUUUGUCCAGGCUCUGAAGAAGAGGCUUGUCGUGAACAUGGAAGCUCCUGAGGCUGUGUUUGAGCGGAAACUGCCAUUCGAUGAAGUCGAGAUUGUUACGGAGAUGAGGAAAGGGCUGAUGCGGACUACUGGCUCUAAAGAUGUAAGUGUUGUGUUGGUCGGCGAGGAUAAGAGUGGGUUGCCUCCUAUGGCGGAACAGGCUGUGCCGGGGUCGCCGACUUUCUUGUUUGAGAAUAUGGAGGAAUAGAUUUGCGCAGAUCAUAUGUAGAGAUGUUCAGACGCUGGGUGGCUGGUUUGAAAAGAAAAAGAGCGAGGAUCAUGUGUUUAAGCUGAGAGGGAUAAACCUAGCUAGAUGAUAGGAUGAAAGAUCAUCUCAAAUGAGGUUAGAUGGCAAACUUAUUGUUGCUUGUACUGCUGCCCUCGAGACUCAAUAUCCAUGGUACGAAAUU